CAUUUUUCACAAAGUUGCUCCACCGAUCGAGUAGAUCACAAUGGUAGUGUUGUUGUUCUUUGUUCUAGCCGUCCCCAGCGUCUUUCUAUUCAUUCUCCUAAAAGAUAGAAACAAUGGCAAUGGUCCUCUCCCCCCUGGCCCGCCAGGUCUCCCCUUUAUCGGUCACUUACACAUGCAGCUGCUUGAUAACUCAGCCCCUCAUAUUUUUCUUUGGAAACUCUCUCAAAAGUAUGGCCCUCUCAUGUCCUUGAGAUUUGGAUUUAGGCCAAUCCUAGUAGUUUCUUCAGUAGAAACCGCUAAAGAGGUUAUGAAAACCCAUGACCUCGACUGCUGCAGCAGGCCUACUUUACUUGGAGGGCAGAAAUUAUCUUAUAAUGGUUUAGAUUUGGCUUUUUCACCGUAUAGUGCUUAUUGGAGGGAGAUUAGAAAAAUAUGUGUUGUUCAUCUUUUUAAUCUUAAUAGAGUGCAACUCUAUCGUCCCAUUCGAGAAGAUGAAGUUGCUCGCCUAAUUACAAAAAUAUCCAAAUUAUCUCUUAAUUCUAAACCUGUCAAUUUGAGUGAGGCAAUUAUGUGUCUCACUAGUACAAUAAUUUGUAGAAUAGGAUUCGGUAAGAGAUAUGAAGAAGAAGGCGUUGAAAGAAGCAGGUUUCAUGGGUUGCUUAAUGAAAGCCAAGCCCUGUUUACGAGCUUAUGUGUUUCUGAUUAUUUUCCUUUCAUGGGUUGGGUUGAUAGGCUUUCUGGAUUUCUUAGUCGUCUUGAAAAAAAUUUCAAAAAGUUUGAUGCUUUUUAUCAAAAACUCAUUGAUGAGCAUCUUAAUCCAAAUAGGCAAAAAACAGAGCAAGAAGACAUAAUUGAUGUCUUACUACAAAUUCGGAAGAAUCGUGGCUUUGCAAUUGAUCUCACCAUGGAUCACAUAAAAGCUGUGCUAAUGAAUGUGUUUAUUGGUGGAACGGAUACUAGCGCUGCCACCGUGAUUUGGGUCAUGACCUUCCUAAUGAAAAAUCCUAGGUGUUUGAAGAAAAUUCAAGAGGAAGUAAGAAGUUUGGUAGGAAAAAAAGGUUUUGUAAAUGAAGAUGAUAUCCAAGGCUUAACUUAUUUUAAAGCUGUGAUAAAAGAAGCAUUUAGAUUGCAACCAAUAGUUCCAUUAUUAGUACCACGAGAAACGAUGCGAAAGUGUAACAUAGGCGGGUAUGAAAUACCUGCCAAAACCUUAAUUCAUGUGAAUGCAUGGGCAAUAGGAAGAGAUCCCCAAGCUUGGAAAAAUCCAGAAGAGUUUUAUCCGGAGAGAUUCAUUAACAGCUCUAUUGACUACAAAGGAUUAGACUUUGAGCUCAUUCCGUUUGGUGCUGGUAGAAGGGGUUGUCCAGGAAUACAUAUGGGAGUUGCAACUCUGGAGCUUGCCCUUGCUAAUCUUCUUUACAAAUUUGAUUGGGAAAUGCCGGCCGGGAUGAACAAGGAAGACUUAGACUUUGACGUGAUGCCCGGUCUCACCAUGCACAAAAAAAAUGCUCUUUGCCUUGUGGCCCACGAAAUUGAUCUUGCCCUUGCUAAUCUUCUCUACAAAUUUGACUGGGAAAUGCCAACAGGGAUGAACAAGGAAGACUUAGACUUUGAUGUGAUACCCGGUAUCACUACACACAAAAAAAAUGCUCUUUGCCUUGUAGCCAAAGAAAUUAAUGUUUAAUGCAUG